AUGGAACCCUCGAACAUCACCACCCAAAGUUCAGAGCCACGUUACCCUACACGUGCGAAAACUUCUCGAACCUUGUUCUAUGAUUUUGGAACCCCCAAUUCCACACAGCAUCAAGUUCCGAGUCCAGACCCAAAACAUGUUCAAGGAACCCAAUUUCCUUCACACUCAACACCAAUGGAGAAAGCACCAGAAGAAACCAGCGUGGUUGGCUCAGAAGAAAUUGAUUUCGGAAUAAGAGAACAAGUUAAGCAAAAACGAUAUCGUAAACGGAAUUUCAAGAAAACAAGCUCAAUUUAUCGAGGAGUGACAAAGUGUAAGGGACGUUUCGAAUCCUUUGUGUGGGAUAAGGACCUCAAAACAACUGGAAAGAGAGGAAAAACAGGUGGAUUCAAGAAUGAACUUGAAGCAGCAAGAGCUCACGAUUUGAUUGCCAUUAAGAUAUGGGGCAAGUUUGCAUACACAAAUUUUCCAAUGACUUUCUAUUUGAAGGAAAUCUCAGAAAUGGAAAAAUGGAGUCUAAGAGAAUAUAUUCUUGAACUCAGAAGGCAAAGCAAGGACCCUUCAACUACUGUGACGGAUGGAAGUAACGUCUCCAGUUCUGAAGGUGGAGGAGCUUCAGCUGAAGUGGAAGAAAACAAUGUAGUUGGUGAUGCAUUGUCAAACCCUGAAUCCACCACCACAAUGCCACCAAUGUUAGAUGAGAGUGGUCAACAAUCUGAAGCACCAACAGCUUUAGAAAACGGAGAUGAGAAUAAUGCUGAAGAGAACAAAAUUCUGUGUGAUGAUGAGUAUCCAUGGUCAGAUGUUGACCUAAGUUUCCCUCUUUGGCCAUGUGCUUUUGGCGAUGCACCAGUUGAGGAGCAUGCCAAUGCCUUAGGCAGUGCCCUAAAUAGGGAGUCCUCAAUGAGUAGUGAGAAUCCAGCAGGAGCAGAAAAUGGCAGUGUUGCUUCAUUUGGGUCAGGUUCUCCUAACGUUCAACAAUUUGAAGCAUUUGUUCAUAGGUAUGAACCUCUCCAACAUGAGCUUGACAACAACACCCAUUCCGAAGAUGAGGAGGACAUGGUUGUUGACAACGAUUUCGACAUAAGCGAGUAUCUGAAUCUCGACGACAUGGAUGAUUAG